CAGAGGAAGUGGUGUCGGUCAAGUUGCCUCCACAAGCGGAUCUGCGAUCGGUUGUUGAAAAGCUUUCCCAGCGAUUAGGGCCAGCGACAGCGAACAAACUGAUUCAAAGUCAGCACUUAACGUUACAGAGCGCAUCGUACAGGAAGGCAGGAAGUCAAACUUGUCACUACUGCGUACAAAACUUAAGACAGCAGACAGUUGGACCUAUAGAAAUUCUGAACUUCUCCCUUAUUUUUGAGUACUUUGCCAGCUAGCUUUAGCCCCUAGUGAUGGACAAGCUUCGUCGUGUGUUAAGCGGCCAAGAGGAAAAUGAAGAGUUGGGUCUCACUGCACAGGUCCUUGAUGCCAGCUCUCUCAGCUACAGUACCAGGCUGAAAUGGUUUGUCAUAUGCUUUGGUGGAGGAAUCCUGUGUUCAAUACUUGGCACAGCACUGCUGUUCAUUUCAGUCAAGCUUUUCGCCCUCUUCUACACACUAGGGAAUGUUGCGGCUCUCGCCAGCACCUGCUUCCUAAUGGGACCGCUAAAACAGUUCAGGCGCAUGUUUGAACCAACUCGACUCAUAGCCACCAUUGUUAUGCUGCUCUGCCUUAUCUUAACGCUUUGUGCAGCGCUUGUGUGGGACAAAAAAGCUCUGGCUAUCAUCUUCUGUAUUAUGCAGUUUUUGGCAAUGACAUGGUAUAGCAUCUCUUACAUUCCCUUUGCCAGGGAUGCUGUGAUGAAAUGCUUCACAACUUGUCUGAGUUAGGACUCCUUAGUCAACAAAACAUGUCCUAAUAUGCAAACUGCAAGAACAGUGGCUUUGUUGUUUGUACACUAUAUCUCCAGAUUUUUGCUACGGCUCUUUCAUACUGUGAAUUCUCGCUUUUGUAAGUCUUGCUGAAGGUCUGUAACUAUAAUCAGAUUAUAACUCUUUUGCUAUUGAUGUGAGCCUUUAAUACUUAAUAUAUUUAAAGAUAUAUCUCUUUGUUUUUGGAGGGUUUUAUACCAUUUAACUGCAGGGAAAUUAUUUUCACUUUGCUAUACCUUGUAAUUUAAGUGCCAUAACAUUACACGUGUGUGUGUGUGUGUGUGUGUGUGUGUGUGCGCGCGCGCGCGUGUAAGUUAACAUAUUGACCAACCAUACAUAUUUGCAUCUUAAACAGUGUGAGAUUCCAUUUUCUUCUGGGUUUUUUUAAAUGGUGCUCUGACUUCUUACACACAAACAUUAUUGAAACACACUGUCUUUCUAUUUUCUGCCCAUGCAUGAGGCACUGAUGUAUAAAGAGCCUCUAAGAUGCUAUUCCAUGUUUAUUUAUGAUUAUCUUCCCUCAGGCGUUUGAGGCCCGCUUCACUGAUGAUGCACUGGGAUGUAUGUUAUCCACAGCUCGAUUGAGGUUUUUCCAGCUAAAGAGAUUUUUUUUAAGAAGCAGCUCGUGUCUAGUCUGUUAGUCAUGUGUAUGUCACUGUGUAUUUGGACCCCCCAACCCCCCCACCCUAGCUCGUCAAAUUACAUUAAAAUUGCUUCUCCUUUGUACAUUUGAUGUAGUAAUGACCUACUUAAUUACACUUUUCUGAGCAUUGUGGUUUUGACGUGACCCAAUAACCCAGUAUAUCUUGCACCGGGUUCCCUGUAUUGCUUCGGCAUGAUGGCAUAGCCUUUGAGGAUGCGGUUGUCAUGACAACCCCCCCUGAAGAUUCAUAACCUCAGCCUUCCCCCAUCUGUGGUGCAGAUGUUCACAUUUUCCUGAGGAGGAGGUAUGUGGGUUUUUUUUGUUUGUUUCUAUAUACAACACCUUGGGCCAGCAAUCUCUCUCCAGAUUUUAGUUUUAAAGUGAAACAAUCCUUUUAAAACAGAAAGUCCCCUGUUUCCCUGUGUAUUAGCUGCAGGAUUUGCUCCAGGUUUAACAAUCACACCUCCAGGUUUUCUUUCUGCUUGAUGCCACUAAACAGCAUUUCACUUCCUGUUGCGCAGCCCCCACAUAGUUUCAUUAGACUAUUGUAUAAUGUGGCUGUGGAUUAGCAUGGACAAAAUCUCCCCUCAGUACUACUUGUUCAACUAACUUGGCAAAGACCCAGCAAAUCCUUGAGCAAUUAAUCUCCGGGAUAGAAUAAUUCUGUCGAAUGAAGGCAGUGUGGAUGUUUUAGUGAUCGGUUUUCUUUGCCUGCCGUUUUUGGAUUACACGCAAAAUUUGAGGAUUGGGGGGGGAUUGACCUCAGCAAUCUGUCAGAGUCCCCCAACUGUUUCCUCUUCAUUACAUCUAAUCCAUUGUUAUGUCAGAGAGGAGGCAUCCCACACCACAACAACCACUGAAAUUAAACCAAGUCUGUGUUUCCCCUUCAUCUUAAUGAUCCAGCUCAUCUUGUAAAAAGGAAUAAAUACCUUGGCCUCUGCUGUCA